AUGGUGCUCCACACUGCCACGCGCGCAUUUCCCCCGCCUCCUCGCCGCUUUCACUGCUUUCUCGCCGCUUCCUCUGCUUCCUCGUUGCUUCAGCGCCGCGCCACCAUGCCGCCUCGCCGGUCAUCUUCGGGCUACCGCGGCGUCCGCGAGCGCCCCUCGGGCGCGUACUACGCUGAGAUCCGGUCCGGCGACGUCUGCCUCGGCCUCGGCACGUUCGAGACCCCGCACGAGGCCGCCCGCGCGUACGACAAGGCGGCGUGGCGCCUAGAGAGGCCUCAGUCGCAGAUGAACUUCCGCGACGUCCACACGCGCGAGCAGGCGCAGGUCGUCGCCCCUCCUCCUCGUCUUAUCACGGACCUGGACCGUGCGGAGCACCGUCGGCGGCAGCGCCGCCUCCUCAUCGCCGAGGAGGACGAGCGAGCCGAAGCUCAGAUCCGGAACGAGCCAUGGCAGAGUAUCGCCGGCGCCAACGAGCGCGCCUUCUGGGCGGAGAGGACGGCAAGGCGUCGCGCGGAGCGGGCGGACCGGCGUCGGCGGAAGGCACUGGCCAUAUCGCAGUGCGAUAUCAUUGAAGCAGGUGGGAAGUCGAUCUUCACGUCAGACGAUGAACGUUGGGACGACAUAUGGAUCUCUACCUCGGACAACACCACCGAGGGUGAUGAUGAGGACGACUCGGAGUAG